AUGGAGAGAGAGGCUGCCUGGGAAGAAGUUCGAAGGCGUCGAAAACCAUCGGCGAAAGAAAUCAAUGAAAUCACCACGUAUUUUGUUUCCAAUGUACCAGAGGGUACCAUGAAAGGGGAGAUUAGAAAGGUGUUUAAGGAUUCCGGGAGACUAACUGAUGUGUUCAUGGGGUUGAAAAUUAGAAAAAAUGGAAAGCACUACGCUUUCGUAAGAUUCACGGGGGUACAAGACGUUAAAGAAUUGGAGAGGAAACUUGAUGGCUCGAUUGUCAGAGGGCGAAGACUAGAGGUGAACUUGGCGAUGUAUGGAAGGAAAGACCCACCGGGUACAGGCAAGAAGAUGAAUCAUGACAAUCCCAUAUGGAAACAGAGAAACAAUACCACCCAGCAGGUGCCGAGGUACAAGGAAGGAUUCAGGGAUCAGAGGACAUUUGCAGAGGCCUUGGGUUACAAUCGCCAGAUUAAGAAAGAUAUUCCAAUGGCCACCUACCCGCCACCACCACCACCUACUGUCAUGCAAAGAGACCAGAGUAUACUGAGUUGGCUUCGAAAAAUUUCACUCAUCGGAGAGGCAAGGUCACUCACACAUCUGGGUCACCUUCCAAAGCUGUUACUCAUCGAGGAUGAUGCCUACAUAGAGUUCAAAUACAUUGGCGGUGUCACAUCUGGCAAAAUUAGGUUAAGAUGUGAAUUCCUAAACAAUAUAAUCUCCUUGUAUAAGCCCAAAAACUCGAUCCAGUAA